AUGGCUGGCACCUUACUCGGUGUGGGUGCAGGUGUGUUCAUCUUGGCUCUGCUCUGGGUAUUAGUGCUGCUGCUGUGUGUGCUGUUAUCACGAGCUUCCGGCAUAGCUAGGUUCUCCAUCAUAUUUGUAGUCCUUGGUGCACUGAUCAUCACAUCAGUUCUGUUGCUUCUUCCCCGAGCCAGUGAAUUUCCAAUCCCAGAGGUGGAAGUCAAGAUUGUGGAUACCUUUUUCAUUGGCCGCUAUGUCCUGCUGGCUUUCCUUGGUGCUAUCUUUCUUGGAGGCCUCUUCCUGGUUCUAAUUCAUCAUAUCCUGGAGCCUAUCUAUGCCAAACCACUACGGUCCUCCUGA